UAAUUUGGUGUCUUUUAUAUCAUACUUGUCGCUCACGAGAGCUGACCGGCCAGGCCCGGUUUGGAAAUGUGGCGUAUAGUACAUGUAGGCCUUAUUGAUAUGGACACAGUAUAGGGAACACCACUUGUGAGAAGAAGUUCCCCUCUCUGAGCCAAUGUCUGUUGAUGUUAGGGAUAGAGUACUGUAAGAGAAUAGCUUGGCGAGUCCCAUCGCUCCACAGUAGUUGUUUUUGAGAGCAAGACUAGUUCAAACAUUUGGUCAGCCUUGUAGUAACCUGCUGAGCUCUGCUGAUUUACUGUUUAUACAAGACCUGUUUUCCGUUUUUGUAAAACGGCAGGCAAAUUUACACGAUUGUUUGAGGGAUGGAUCCGUUGACGCGUCAAUUUGAAGUGAAUAAAGUCUGUCGAUUGAGGGUCCAAAGAGCUUCAACUGGGCAGAACAAAUUACAUUGAACUGUUUUCGAGAGAACGUGCCAUGUGUCGGCUGCAUUUGCUUCGGUCCGUUUUAAAGGUUAUUGCAUCUAACGACGGUUUUCAUAACGAAGCUCGUACACAAUCUUAGGAUAUUCGUACAGAAGUAAAAGACCACUAUAAAGAAGUAGAAAAUGUAAAUGGUUUAUGUUGACACUUUUCCGACUGUUUGUUGUGUCGACAGAGUAACCCACCCUUGGACCUUUCAAAGAGAGACUUAAGCCGUUCGAGCUUCUCAGUCUAAAUAGAUGUGACUAAUUGAUGGUUUGAUUGAUGGAGUUUUGCCUACCAAAAUUGGGAGAGGCGGAGGCCAUCAAUCAUCCAUACAACAUGGCGCGACCUAUGGUCACACAUGCGACACUUCCUCUAUUGGCGUUCUUGUGGUAUCUCAGAAUACCGUUAGCACAAUGCUGCGGGACUUCAGAAAGACCGGCCGUGCCUUCGCCAACCCAAGGCGAAUUACCAUACAUUCAUUCAAUCAAUGGCGCCCGACAAAUCUCCCGAAGCAUUUGUGAAACUCACGGCAUCGCCACGACACGGAAAGAUGAAGAUAAAUGCAAUCGUCACCAUUCUCGUUUUCACUACGAACGGAAUAUCAGGUGUAGCCAUCCCUCGUCAGGAGACCAGAUCGACCUACGAACGCACUAGACUCACGUACGACCGCUGCCAGUACAGACCCUUCUCCAAUACGCUUCUGUCGUGUCAGCUUAGUUCCCACAGACCAUUUGAAUUCCAUGCCGUAUAUCCCACCAGUUUCGGCUGUGCCUUCACGGACAGACCGAUCAGAUCAGCGCAGUUGUUGGUGCCUUCGGACGCCAUCGAGGUAGACGCCGAACGAUUUGCGGAACGCACCGACGUUGUGACAGACGUGGAAAGAGCCGAGAUGGUCUACAGUACUGAAACAGAGAAUCUUCAGACACAUCAUCUUCAUGGUUUGGGAGAGCAUUUCGGCGCCAUGGCGGGUGGAAUAACCGGGACACGGGGGAACGAGAGAGAAGUGGGCGGGCCUGAAACGGACGAAGGCCAAUUGCAAACGGACGUGAGUCAAACUGACGAGCGUCAAACAGACGAGAGCCAAACGGACGAGACGAGGGACAACGCCCCCGUAUUGAGGUCACGCAACGACCGGACCAUCCCAACCUGUGCACUAUGGACACGAAUAGACAGCCCUAUCUACGCCUACAGCGAAGCGGAGGGAACAGACCAGGUGGAGCUGUACUUCUACGAAGGGAACUACCAGUGGUUUCACCUGUCCAGUUGCCAUGGCAGCAGCGGCAGCGCCAACCCCGUGGUGAACUGUGCAGGGCAGUGCCGGCAGGUCAGGCUCCAGCACCGCGCCGUGGUGGUGCGGGAGGACCUGACGGCCGAGUGGGACUGGGUCUGGUUGGACGCGGGGUGUACACUAUACAUUUAGAAGUAGCUUAGCCUGGUACCGGCCAAUUAAAACAUGCCUCUACCAGGCUCCACAAGUCGCUGGAAGCAGUAGGAAUUGACCUAAUAGAGAUUAACGUUAUAACUGUUAACAUACCAGAAGAGUUGGCCGGUCAAAUUAAAUGCUACAGUUUGCGACCAACUGUAGUUAUUUGCCGGCCAACUCCUCUAGUUUGUUGCAUACUAGUACUUGGCCAAAUUCCACUAUUACUCGCGACCUGUGGAGCCUGGUAAAGACUAGGAUUCUGUAACCUGGCUCCGAAAGAUCGGCUUUCAGAACAAUUAAGUAGCCACUGCUUUAAAUAGUUGGAACAAGGAGGCUAUAGGGACUGUGUUGACGUGGCUGGGCCGCUAAAACACCCCUAUGCAUGGGCCGUCGGAUGGUACCAGGCUAGCAGUAUCAACCCUCUGUAUACAACAGGAACAAUUAUACUGAACCUAUACAUUCUGUAAGUUAAAAUAUCCUUAGUAACAACUUUGUAUUCAGAUGUUAUCAAAUGCGAUACUCGGAUAACGUUCAGGAAUAAGUGAAAGCCUUGACAAGAUUAUAAACCACAUGUACAUCUUAGACUAACAACACUUUUGUUAUGUAUCACUCCUUGCCAAUUACUCAGUUGCCAGUCUGUUACAUUAGACAUUAGAAAGUGACUAGGUGUUUGAAUACAGAAAUAUGAGGUUAAAGGCCAAAAUAAAAGGUGACGUAAGUAAACAAGUGACUUAAAAACAUGGAGCUGACACCAUGCAUAAUUGCAUAUAUUUGUGUUAUAAGUUCAAGAGGAAAAAAUAAAAAGCUGCUAUCUUUAAAUGUUAAUUAUGAAGAAUUCUUCCCUUCUGUGAUAGUACACAACCGACUUUAUUUGGUUCUUGAUCUUGGGUUAACAUACACAUCUGACAUAGAAGCAGCAGCAUAUAAGCAGGUACUGUAAGGUUUCACACCCUUCGGUGAUAACAAGUGACACCAUCAUGACAUCAUACAUUAAGAUAUUCCAAUAUUGUAAUGUUUAAUGCAAUUUAAACAUGGUCAGUAAGUGGUCUCUGAAGGCUAGAAGAAAAUAUUAAUAGUUAUUUUCUUGUUUAGAAUCAUGCUACCAAAGUAAGUGUUGGCACUGAAAAAAGAUGAGAAAAAUUGAGCGGGUGACAAAAUCAGCAUUAUCUCUGAAUUGGUAACCCUUAUGAGGGUAUCAAGUCUUUGUCUGAGAUAAUAAAAGACUAAGUAAAUAUUCAGUUUUCAGUUUCUGUCAUCAUUGUGGACCACAGGUUACUUUGUUGAAUUCUACAGGUACAGAUUUGGACCUGUUUUUACACCUCUGUACCAGUACCAGUACUAGAUGUUGCAUGAAGCUACUCAGCCUUAGCCUUACCAGUAUCUGUCAAUAACACAAAAUAAAGGCACUAUUACCCUGCAUACAAUAAAAAAAAAGUACCCUAAAGAAUGGUUUAGAAAGAAAUACAAACAAAACAAUAACAAAAAUAACUUAUCUGAUACAAAAAUGUUAUCUGAAAUGCAACAUAAAAAGAACCCAAUGGUCUGAGUGAGUAAUGGUACAUUGUCAUUUAAAUAUUCUUCACAACUAACCAGGUACUGCAAAAAAUACUGGAAUAUAUUCUAGUGGUGGCAAUAACAAAAAUUUUCCUCCUUCAUAUAUAAAUAUCAAAGCUCCUUUCAACAGCUCCUUUAUGAAUGUGCACACCAUAAUGCAUUGCAAAUAGUUUACAACCUGACUUCUUUUCCAUAAAUCCUACACAUUCCAAAAUAUACAUUUACUAUACUCAAUGUUCUUGACAUUUACCUCUGAUAAUCUCAUACCUUGGUACAGUACAAAUCUUACAGGCCCUUACCAAAUCAACAGUUGGUAUUGCACAACAACCUCAGCUGACACAUAUA